GCCGAACCUCUGCCGGCAGGAUCAGGAAGUGGAGGUAAAAUGAUUAUCGCUGCUGGAGGUCAAGGUGGGGGUCGUGGAAACAUCAAUAAAAGCAUUAUGAUUCCGUCAAGUGUUCCUGGGCCUGGUGUGAAUGCGGACCCUGCGAUUGCCUCGCGCCCAUGGUCUCUUCAGACUGGAGGAGGAGUGCGAAAGUUCGGUGUCGAUUGUGCCGGUCCCAUACGUCAAGUCUACACGGAUAGCGAUCACGAUCAGGGCCUUCUGAAGCCAGACGAGAAGGACCUUCUGAAGCGGGGUGGAUGUGGACAAAGUUUUUAUCAGCUAAAUCAAGAUGAAACUGGGAAGCCGAUUGAAGGUGAAGCGCCUGGUGCAACAGCAAAGCCGACGACUCUUGAAAAUACUGAACGCAAACAGCCUCCAUCUUCAUCUUGGACUGCACAGCGAAUCACUCUUGUUGUUUUGGGAAGCAGUGUCGGCGUUCUGGGUGCUGGGGCACUUUGUCUAUUCUUUUUCCUAUAAUUCGUGAUUGGAACAAGAUCGUCAUACUUAUAGAUACAUAGGAUAUAUGGUACUUUAAGAAGACAUCUUCAAGUUUAUGCAGUACAAUUAUGCGGAUCGUAAAACGAGAUCAUCAAAUGGAUAUUCGUCAGUUAUGGGGUGCCGCACGCGCAUCUUUGGUCAUU